UCUUUUAUUGCAACACCAACGUCUACACAUGUCAACAACGGUAACUAAAAGUGUUUUGUGCAAUAUCCAAAUUACUAGACCGUUUACUAUUUAUUUGUCCACAUUUUACAAUCUCAUUCUCGGGGUAUUAAAGAGGACAUGUGCCCAGUGAUGAUACGUUUGCUUGGGGAAGAGCCAAACAGUAUUUCAUUAGAUAUCUGAUCCAUUGUAACAAUAUUUGGGGAUAGGGCUUUUUUUCUUGCUCUUACCGGACCGGUGCUGGGGUCUCGCUCCCUGAAAAUCUCUGUCUCUUCAAAUUUAAUUCAGUGACAUCAUGUCAUACUUGAGGAAGGAUAUAUCAUCAUGUCGACAAGGAACAUAAAUAAUGUAUUCGUUUUCUACACGGAGCUCUUUUAUUGCAACACCAACGUCUACACAUGUCAACAACGCACGAGUCUAUGGCAGAACUGUGGUCAGCUAUCUCUGCUGCUUUGCCUGUGACGGAGGCAGAAUUUCCACUUGACUUCAGUGAAAAAGUUGAGCCUUCUGUGGUGGAUGUGCUGAAACGUUGCAGGCAGCAGCUGUACACCAGGAGCGGUCGAUGGAGGCAAAACGCUCAGAUCAUCUUGGACUUUUCCUGGGAGAAGCUCAACACAGGAACGUGGCGUGAUGUGGACAAGGAGUGGAGGUGUUUGUAUUCAUAUGGCUGCCUGUUCAAAGUAGCUGCCCUAUGCCGUGAUGAUGCCUCACCAGCUACAGUGCAGGAGGCCAUACGGACAUGUGACUUGGGCCUGCUCAUGGGGGCAGCCAUCAUGGACAAUAUUUUACAAACCAUUGUAAGGAUCCUGCAAAAUGAAAUCGGGAAGAGGCACUCCAAUGAGGAGGAUCCUAGUGAAGGAGUUAGUGCCAAGAAAAUGAAGGUUGACUGUGUGUCAGUGCCUGUGGUCAAGCAGGCUCUGGCAGUACCAAGGAUACACUGUCCAUCAUUGGAGAGCUUCAAGAAAGACUACUUGGAUCCCCAAAAGUCAGUCAUAUUAGAGGGUAUCAUAGAUCACUGGCCAGCCUUCAAAAACCACCCUUGGAGCAUAGAAUACCUGCAAACUGUUGCUGGUUGUCGGACUGUACCUGUUGAAGUAGGCUCAAGAUAUACCGAUGAGGAAUGGUCACAGACACUCCUUACGGUCAAUGAAUUCAUCGAUCGCUAUAUUGUUGUGAAAGACACAUCAAGUUUGGGAUAUCUUGCUCAGCACCAGCUAUUUGAUCAGGUCCCCGAGCUGAAAGACGACAUCCGUAUCCCUGACUACUGUUGUCUUGGUGAGGGAGAUGAAGAUGACAUCACAAUCAAUGCUUGGUUUGGGCCAGGAGGUACAGUGUCCCCCCUUCAUCAGGAUCCUCAACAAAACUUCCUGGCUCAGGUGGUUGGGAGAAAGUACAUUCGUCUGUAUUCCCCUGAGGACACUGAGAAACUCUACCCUCACCAAUUGCAGCUCCUACACAACACUAGUCAGGUGGAGGUGGAGAGCCCAGACGUGGUGCGAUUCCCAGAGUUUGUGAAGGCUCCCUACCUAGAGUGUGUGUUGCAACCUGGGGAGGUCUUGUUCAUCCCAGUCAAGCACUGGCAUUACGUGCGUUCUUUGGAGCUCAGCUUUUCUGUGAGCUUCUGGUGGUCAUGACCCAUGAGGGAUCCAGAUUCAGGUUGUUUUUAGUCAGAAUUUUAGUUAUUGCGGUGGUCUUGUAAAAUGCAAGUCCUGUGCUCACGCAUGUUGUGACUUAAGUCUGAAUGUUAUUUUCGUAAACAAUCAUUAACAUCUCUGUCAUUUCAUUGCUUCAGCACUGAGCCUCACCCACCAAAUGGCUUUAAAAACACCUGAUUCUAUAAACAAAUUCAUGGUUAAGUGUCAAAUGGUAAUUCAAAAAGGAAUAAGGUUGGAAACAAGUCUCAAUUUACAUUAGUUUGCAACUUAAAGGCAAUUCAUAUUGAAGAAUUAUGGGAAAUCUGCUCAACUCAAUUAACUUAAGUAGAGGAAAAUAGCCUAUCACAUAAUUAAAAGUAUCCCACCUCAUAUCCAUGACAAAGGAAAGCCAGUUGUAUUCAAUCUGUCAACACUUGAAUGUGAUGACACACAUUGAAUGCCAAGCUACCUGCAUGAUCGGCGCUUUCUUCCACUCAUUACUACAUUAAAUGAAGGAGCAGUUGAUGUAUGCUCAUUUCCUACUGCAUAUAACAUAUGGAGUUGUUACCCAUUUAAUUUGAUAGGGUAUGUGUUUUCAAAUUAGCAUAUUUAAUUGUUCCCGCAGAUACUCAGAUUAGGUGAUUUCCAUAAUUUAUUCAAAUAAGGCAGUACUAUUCUAAUUUAACAACCUAAUGAACCACAGGCACAAAUUAUGUAAACACAGCUUUCCAUUUAAACUGCCUGAAAGAAUGAUUGUAGUUGCCACACUUCCCAGAAUUGCUCCCCUAGAAAGUAACUUAAUAAAAUUAAGAUAAUCAAGUUAAGAGGAUCUCACGGGAGAUCAUUGACAAUUCAAUGAAAGAUGUUCUCCUGAAAGUAUCUAACAUUUGAUAUACAAUUAUAAAAACGUUUUCAACUUUCAAACUU